AUGACCUGGAUCCGGCACUUACGCUCGGAGGAGCUCAAAGUCUUGGAUCAGGAAGUUCUGGAAAUCCCGGAUUCAUCCUUCUCCAGCACGAAAGCCAGCAAAGUGAGGUUGGAGUCCCGGUCAUGGAAGCGCUUUACCGCAGCAGCUCGAGCAGCGAAUUGUUUGAGGAACGCAUUCAGAACCCGACAACAGAAGGCCGAGGAUCUAGGCUUAUGCCGUGAAUGCCAACAGAUCAAACUCCACAGCAUCUUCGAGCCGAACAAAGGUAUCAAAGCACAGUCAUGGCGCACCCUCAACCUUCUAGCAUACCUGGACUUCCACACCUUACGGCCGUGUUGGGAACCAAAAAAGACGUGGCGGGUGAGCAUGAAGAACCGCGAUACGUGCCCGCUGUGCGCCUUCUUCGCAGUCUGUGCCUCAAGGAUGGGCUUUCCGGUCGAGAUGUUUUCCAACAAUGGGUAUAUCGAGCCGGGAAUUCGAAGGAUAACCGGUGUCACUAACUUUGCGUGCGGCGACCCCAAUGCUGAUUCAGGGUUUUUUGAUGUCAAAGUCCUGGAACUUAGAGUGUGUCCAGACGGCCACGAGCGAAGUCCCUGGAUCAGCAAGCUGCACCGAAAUUGGUCCGAGACUCAUUACAUUCUACCCUUUCUGGACCGCGACGACGAUGAAGGGCCGUCAGAUAGGGUCGACUAUGAGGUUAUCAAGCAGUGGUUGAGCUUUUGCGAGACGGAGCACUCAACCUGUAUCGACAUACCAUCCUUUCCUCUCUCCGACACCAUCGCGGGGCUAUGCCUCAUCGACUGCCACACCAGAAAGAUCGUGCCAGCGGUAGGACUAGGAAAACCUCAAUACGUCACCCUCAGUUACGUAUGGGGCACCUCGGGCGCCACUUCAAUGACAACGCCCACGCUCCCCGAGGGUGAUGAACUCCCAAAGAUUGUUAGCGACGCCAUGAUAGUCACCCUUAACCUCGGGUAUAAGUACCUCUGGGUGGACCGAUACUGCAUCCCCCAGGACGACCCAUACGCAAAGCAGAUCCAGAUCCAUAACAUGGGCAGCAUUUACUCCCUGUCCAUCCUCACUAUCAUCGGCGCCGCUGGAGAAGACGCAGAAUACGGCCUUCCGGGCGUUAGCUCCCCUCCACGUGUUCCACAGCUUUGGACAACCAUCCCCUGUGACGGUGGCAACAACAAGAUGCCACUCAUCUACUUCAACCCACCGGAUACGGAGAUUCGCACGGCAAAGUGGCACUCCCGGGGUUGGACGUACCAGGAGGGCUUGCUUUCCAAGCGCAGACUCGUCUUUUCCGAUCGACAUGUCUACUUCCAGUGCCAGGAGAUGCACACCACCGGUGAACUAAACUUCGAUGGACGGAAAUGGGGGUACCAGAAGCCGCGAUGGAAGCGGCAUCAUCUCGCACGGCGGUACGAAGUAGGGAAAUUCAUCAGCAAGAAGGAAGCCGUGUUUCCCUACCCGUGGGACUGGGACUGGGAGUCAUCACUUUGGGAACGGGUGGGAGAGUUCAUGAACAGGACUCUGUCGCAUGAUAUGGACGGCUUGGACGCCAUGAAGGGGAUCAUACAGACUUAUCGGGAGCAAUCACCUUUGAGAUUCGUGUGGGGCCUGCCGUAUCGUGGGCUGGAACAUCCACGGGUGCCGGAGAGUCAUAAGGAAGUCGAGUAUCGACCGUCUCCCCCGGCGGGGAUCUUCUUUGAGAUUGAUACCCAUCCGGCGGUAAGCAUUUGCGAGGUUUUGGGCAGUCUCUUCUGGAAGGAUGAAUGGCUGGCGAAGGCUGGCCAUGCCGCGCGGAGCAGUACCGAGGUUUCACCACGCAGAACAGUCCUCCCAAGCUGGACCUGGGCCGGCUGGAAGAGUCUUCCAAGCCACGAGGUGAGCGUCACUCCCGGUCGCUUGAUGGCUGAUCAAGGUUUCGGAACAAGCCAAAUACCCGUCAGCAUCAAGUUUUCCUUCAAAGACAAGGAGCUAGACUGGAUCGCCAACCACUCCGAAAUCCUCAAGCGCUCCGAAACCAUCGGCAAGUUCCCAGACUAUCUCAGCAUCACUGCCUCAGUCUUCGAAGCAGACCUCGUACGCAUCGAGGUCCAAGACCGAAAAGGCAACAUCUCCCUUGCUUGGAAGUACGUCUCCCCUCCCUUUCUGGUAGGCAAGGAACAGGACCUACCGCCGGGUUUGUUCGAGGAAGUUAAAGGGAGCUGUGUAUCUUUGCUGGGUCUGUACUUCUACUCGAGAAGCUUCCCUCGGUCGACAAAAUUCCUCGAUUUUCACUUUCUACUUCUUCAAACGGUUGGGGAGGAUGACCAUGGACCACUGUAUGAACGCGUCACGAGCGUUUUCCUUGUUGAACUGAAUCAUCUCCAUGAGAGGAGGGUGGAGUUGCCGGCUGGUCCUUGGCCGCCGGUGUUGGAUAAGGAGGUGAGGGAGGUGAGGAUACGAUGA